AUGACGGCAAAAUGCGAAAACUGCCUCUGCCAGAGCCCGGACUGUUUGGUUGGCGAAUCGUCGGUGGUUUCGAUUGGAAGUGAUGGCGAUCCAGCAGAUGGGGUUGAUUUGGCGUGUCAGAAUGGAAAGUGCCUUUUGGUUCUUUCGCACAGUGUUUUCAAUUUCAAUUCUCAGAAGUAUUACAUCUGCGAAGCUCAGCAGUCCCUUGAGCAAUCAGACACCUUCAUCGCUAUCGACAGCACUGCGAGCAACGAAACACAAUCAACCAUUUCACGAAUUUUCGACGAUUACAAACCUUAUAUUCCCGCCAAUCCCUUUCUCAUCUCAAACAGCAAUUGGGCGUAUUGUCCGUUUCCCGACCUGAGCUGCGAGGAGUUCUCGUUUUCCUGUGAGAACGGCGUUGAAAUAAUGAUGGACGAGAUUUGCUUCAAAAGAAAAUAUCCUGCUCUCGACCUGGUUAAUUUCAACAACUCCGCUAGCCCUUUCAAUGACUCUUGCAUUUGGAGCCAGGAUACAGAUGACUUCCGGGUGUAUAAACUUGAUUUGUCGAUUGAUGAUAAAGAUUGCAGGGAACAAGCUAUUUACAGUGGGGACGACAUCAUCUACACAUGGAGUUUUUUCCAUACCUCGCCGCUGGUUGCUCUUGGUUUCCAAAACGCGGAUUUGACGUAUACCUUCAACUGCACUUUCGACAAAAACGAAAUUUUCUUCUUCAACGGGACGGUUGAGCCCCCCGCCACGAUUGCCGAUGUGACCGAUAUUCCCGACCCAGUUCCUGAUCAGCCAAUUAUUCUUCUAAAUGAUGAGCCUUUCGAUGCAGAGAACCAGCUUUAUCCAGUCGUAGCCUCGAGUGACAUCAUGACAUUUGAUUUUUCGGCAGUUUUUACGACCCUUGGCGAGUAUCGAAUCGACAUGUGCGAAGUCAAAUCAGAGAACGCUCAGCAAUCGUCUAAAAUCAUCGAAAACGGCUGCGCUACAACCGUUUUUCAAUCCUUCGUCACCAUCGACCCUUUCGCGCAAAUCAUCAAAACGCCUCCAGUGACCUAUCUUUCCUCCCCGACCUCCUUUCACCUCGAGUGCACCCUGCUCUUCUGCGACGACUGCGUCAACCUGGAAAGCUCUUGCCCAGCUCAAGGAAACGAAGAAAUCAUAGUGCAGUUCACUCGAUCAAAAUCAAUAGGUCCUCGACAGGAAAAAGAAAAGACAUCAAUUUCAGCUUCAAUAUCUGACUCUGAUUCCCUUAUUCAGGUCGAAGUAAAUCAAACUACUAUUCUCGUCGACCGAAAAUUCAAGGAUCUUUUUCAAACUUCAAGCAGUCUUCUUUUAGCACCGAUUUUGAAUUUGUUUUCAACGAUUCUGUUUCUGUUUCUCCUUCUCUAA